AAUGAUGCUGUGAUGAGGUACUGAUGGGAAAGGGUGUGUUGUUUCAUGUGUUUCCAGAACCGCACAUAAUUUACCGGCCGCAACUGAAAUCUUGAGUUCUUUCCAAGGCAUCAUGUGUGCCAAAUACUUCAGGCUUAAGACUUCAGUCCGUGGCUCCUUCAGCACUUUCUGAGAUGGAGAUGAAGAGUCUACUUUUUGGGGUUAUUCUUGGACUUUUUGCUGCGGUCCACUCAACACCAGUUAAUGCUGUGACCCAGAUUCCCAUCAAAGCUGAGGAUGACGUUUACCGAGAGGUUGUGGAGGAUGAGUUCCUGGUCGAUCAGAAAUUGUUACCUUCACUCACAACUGAACCACCUAAAAGAAACACAACUGUUCAAGCAUCCCACCCAACUCCCUCUGACUCAGAGGAGAGCGACACUCAUACUCCGUUGGAUGACAUAAUUGAGAGCAAUGCUGCAUGGGAGACCAGCGACAAAUCCACAAUCUCUGUGUUCUUCCAAGACAGAGGUGAACACUAUGAAACCACAUCUACGAGGUCUACCUCCACAGUGUUGCCACGGGAUACUGACGUCUCCACUUCAGAUUCACCUACUACCCAAAGCCCUCAGUCUGGCUUUACCUCUUCUUCAAUGCCAACUGAAGACUACGGCUUCCUGACUACCCUGAGUUCUGAUUUAGGGUCUGGAGAUGGAGAGAUCCUAGACCAGAACCCUGCUACAAGCUCCACUACGACCCCUAGCUCCAACACAGAAACUAGACCCACUUCACUGUUUGUAGAAAACGAAGGAUCAGGAUUGGGUUCAGAGCCGUUUUUAAGCUUCGCUAUUACCUCUAGCUCUACCACAGAAACUAGACCCACUUCACUGUUUGUAGAAAACGAAGGAUCAGGAUUGGGUUCAGAGCCGUUUUUAAGCUUCGCUAUUACCUCUAGCUCUACCACAGAAACUAGCACUGCAUCAUCAACCUUCCCAGCUACUACUAUCAGCAGUGAAGGAUUACAAUCAAGCUCAGUCUCAGAAUCAGGAUCAGGAUUAGAAUCAGAAAUAUCAAAAGAAUCACGCCAAAGAAUGUUUUCUGAAGUUAAAGAGCCUCACAAGGUGGAAGCUUCUGACGAUCCUGACUCUCACCAGCACAAAGGACACAAUACACCAGAUUGGAUCAUCAUCCUUGGCUUUGUUGUUGGUGUAGCAGCACUGGUAAUAAUCUGCGCCGCAAUCGCUACCAGAGACAAGUGGAAUGGACCAAACCAGCUAAAAACCAAAACUAACUCCUCAGACCAGCAGAGGGAGGUAGAGAUGGACACUUUCCUGCACAAAGACAUGCCAAGGGAGAAUGGAAAGGCAACAGAGUACUCAGUCAUUCCUCUGGAGGAGCUCCCAGAGAAAUAUUCACACUGAAGCUCAGAGACUCUGCAGGCUUGAGACUCAUCACUGAACUAUGAGACUGUUUUUCUUAGUGGAUGAAUUCGAUCGGAGGAACAGAACUGCCACAGGUGUCCUGCAAAAGGUUUCUGUGCGUUGUCACAGCCAGAACCAGAAUCAUGGUCUGUUUUUCCUGCUGAUUUUCAAAAACCUGUUGAUAUAUUUAUUACCAUAUCAACUCUUUCAUUAACUGUAAAAUAUAAAACUGGUCAGGUAAGAUACACAAAUGUCAUUUAUUUCAAAUGAAAGGUCUUUGCAGUGUUUCAUUCGCUAUCUUUUAAUUGUAAAUAAAGUGUUAAUUAUUAUUAUUUUUUAACUCACAGGUCUGUUAGUGGACACAAGAAUAAGAUUAUGUGUCCAUUUGGGUUAUUAAUGUCUGUUUUUUUUACGUGUCUUCAUUUUAAUAUUAUUUGUAAAUCUCUUUGUAAUAAUAUUAUUGAAGACGGUGUUGUGAAUUGUAAAUGAAGCUGCUCUAUUGAUCGCUCUACAUUCAUUAUGAAAGCUCCGAGAGCUGAACAGCGCUCAGCCCACUAUCUCGUUAGCUUUAUAACCACUUCAUCUGCUGUAAUGUGCACUUAUUGAAUGCUAAUAUGCUGUAUCACAU